CGCGCGCGUAUGCCAAAUGAUAUGAUGAGUGUGAGAAGGGGCCGCCAGGAGCUCCAAGCUGGAGUGGAGCGGCUGGAGAAGCUGUGGGAUAACAUGGUCGACAAGCACCUCAAUGCUCCGCCCAAACCUCGUUCCACAGCUGGUAUCGCGGGAGGUGUCCUGACCCACGUUGCUAUACUGUGUUUUACUGUACUGAUAGUGUGGACUGCUCAGCCGUCGAGCAGUCUUUUUUCCUGGCACCCAACCCUGAUGUCCAUUGCAGUAAGAAGUUUCUGGCUUCCUAUGGCAAUAGUACUAAGAUGUAAACUUUGUUGCAGUUUGUGCUACUUAUGUCUGAGGCAAUACUGUUGUUUGCUGUGUGGUCCUCUCCUGUGCACGGGUAUUCAAGGGCUAGCAAGAUCCAGUGGCACUGGGUACUGCAGGCCUGCAGUCUUCUCUGUGCGUACACAGGAUUGGCUGUCAUCACUGCUAACAAGGUUCAAGCUGGAAAGCAGCACUAUACCACAUGGCAUGGGAUGGCGGGCAUCACCAUCUGUGGGAGUAUAUCAGCCCAAGCAGCGGGUGGCAUUGCCAUCUUGUGGCCUGGUAUUCUACCCUUCAAAGUGAGGCCAGUGGUGGUAAAGAGGAUCCAUGCAGCUUUUGGAGUGGCAAAUUACUGUGGUGCAUUGUUAGUGCUGCUGCUAGGACUUUAUUCCACAUGGUUUGUAGCCAGUGCAGCCAACAUUGUAGUGUGGAAUACAUGUGCAAUCAGCCUUCUGCUCCUAGCAUUGGCCCUGCCAAUUCAAGUUGCUUAUAAUUUUGUAAAAUGAUAAUGAUGAUGUGAUACUUUCUAGUAAUGUGUUCAGUGGAGUGGAGUUACUGCUGGUAUCUUUUUCUGAGCCAUAAUUUGUGUUGGGUCAGCGUCUGGUGGUGAAACAAGCUCUAGUUUGGAUAACUGUUCUGCAAGGUCAUCAGCUUUGGUGCUGCUGUCAGGACCGGAUAGCAAGGCUUCCAGCUCUCUCUCCAGUUCUUCAUUUUCAACAUUUCCCCCCAAUAUUGCUCCAACCUCCUCACUCUCUUGGAUCACCUAGUAUAUAUACAGACAGCCUGCAGAGUACACACACCUAUAAUUAUAGAGACUCCCUAUAAUACCUCAUGGAGUUCAUCAACCACUUCCUCUGCAGCUGUUAGCAUGUCAUCAUUGAUGGUCUUUAGCACAUCUCUACCUUUCUGAUAUGCUUCCAGCACCUACAUAUUAUG